UUGCUUUAAAAACGCUCCAGCGUCUGCGACAACAUGCUCCACCAGGGUCGGCGCCAUCUUGGUUUGGGGACCAGCAGAUGCAGCGGCCAAUCAGAGUGAGACGGGGAGGAAAGAUGGCGGCGCGGUGGAGCAGCGAGACUGUGGUGGUGGAGUUUCGGGACGCUCAGGCCACCGCCAUGUCCGUGGACUGCUUGGGCUCCCACGCCGUGCUGUCAGGCCGCCACUCCCUCUACUUGGUGAACCUGGAUGCUCCGUCAGAACCGUCCCGUAAGAUGGGUCGCCACAGUAAGUGGGACGUGGGGACGGUCCAGUGGAACCCACACCGGUCCCAGGCUCACGUCUUUGCCGCCUCGAGCAACCAGCGAGUGGACCUGUACUCCUGGAGGGACGGCUGUGGAGAGACUCGCACAUCCCUGCAGGGACACACCCGGGUCAUCAGUGACCUGGACUGGUCCUGGUUCGACUCUGAGCUGCUGGUGUCCAGCUCAGUGGACACCUACAUCUACAUCUGGGACACCAGGGACACUCGGAAACCCACGGUGGCGCUGUCUGCUGUCGCUGGAGCUGCUCAGGUGAAGUGGAACCGGAGGAACCCACAUCUGCUGGCGUCCAGCCAUGACGGAGACGUCCGUAUCUGGGACAAGAGGAAACCCAACACGGCGGUGGAGUACCUGGCCGCUCACCUGUCCAAGAUCCACGGCCUGGACUGGCACCGAGACAACGAGUUCGUCUUCGCCACGUCCAGCCAGGACAACUCCGUCAGGUUCUGGGACUACCGGCAGCCCAGGAAGUACCUGAGCGUCCUGUCCUGCCAGGUGCCGGUGUGGAAGGCCCGCUACACGCCGUUUUCCAGCGGUCUCGUCACAGUCAUGGUCCCUCAGCUGCGGCGGGAGAACAGUCUCCUGCUGUGGAGCGUUCUGGACCUCAACAGUCCCGUCCACGCCUUCGUUGGACACGAUGACGUCGUCCUGGAGUUCCAGUGGCGUCCCCAGAAGGAAGGGUCCAGGGAUUUCCAGCUGGUGACCUGGUCUCGGGACCAGACGCUGCGGAUCUGGAGGGUGGAGCCUCAGCUGCAGAAGCUCUGCGUCAGCGACCUGGUGGACGAGCUGGUGGAGGAUGUGUCCAUCGCCGUGGAGACGGAGAGGACCCUGGGCGCCCAGCAUGGCGGGGCUCCGGCUCCGGACGGCCCGCCAGGUCAGGCGGCGAGCCGUCCGGACCCGGCCGCCGGUUCUGGUCUGGCCCAGACUCUGCAGCAGGAGUUCUCCCUGGUCAACCUGCAGAUCCGGAACGUCAACGUAGAGAUGGACGCCCGGAACCGGAGCUGCGUAGUGUCGGCCCACUUCGGCGGCCAGCGGGUCCACCUGGUGGUCAACUUUCCGGUCCAGUACCCCAACAACGCAGCGCCCUCCUUCCAAUUCGUCGCCCCGACGACCAUCCCCUCCACCAUGAAGACCAAGAUCCAGAAGGUCCUGAUGGACACGUCUCUGCAGAAGGUGAAGCGGAACCAGAACUGCCUGGAGCCGUGCGUCCGGCAGCUCGUCUCCUGCCUGGAGUCAGACAUGACCCAAGAGGACGGUCCGGCAUCCGGCCCGUUUGUCCUGUCCAAUCCUGUGGCUCCGUCCCUGCAGGCGUUCCCCCGGGUCACCAACACUUACGGCUCCUACCAGGACGCCAAUAUCCCGUUCCCCCGGACCUCCGGAGCCCGGUUCUGCGGUACCGGCUGCCUGGUCUACUUCACCCGACCCAUCACCAUGCACCGCUCGGCCCCGCCCACAGAGCCCACGCCCAGGUCCCUGUCGGCGCUGUCCGCCUACCACAGCGGGGUUCUGACCCCGAUGAAGAUGCGGUCCGAGUCCCAGAACACGCUGCGGCUCUACAGCGGCAGCCCGACCCGGUCCGACAAGGACACCGUCUCCAUCUCCUCCUUCUAUUACAAGGAGCGGAAGCUUCCCAUGUCCGCCUCCCGCCGCUGGUCUGUCCAAACCCUCCAUGAUUGGCCGAAAUCGCGGCGCUUCAAGACAAAGCGGGAAGGAGCGGAGUACAGCAGCCGGCCCAUCAAGCUGGCCGGGAAGGUCAUCAUCCAGGAGAUCUCCUGCCUGCUGCCUGUGCACAAGGCUCUGGGAGAGAGCUACAUUUUGAACAUAAACGACAUUCAGGAAACGUGUCAGAAGAACGCAGCAGCAGCACUCGCAGUGGGACGCAGAGACCUGGCCAAGGUUUGGGCUCUGGCGUCCGCCGCCACCAGUCAGGACCUGAGUCCGGAUUCUGACCCGGACACAGAGACGCCAUGGGCCAGACACCCGUUUGGGCGCCACCUGCUGGAGACGCUUUUGGAUCACUACAGUCAGAUGAGCGACGUCCAGACUCUGGCCAUGCUCUGCAGCGUGUUCAGGGCUCAGGCUCCGCCCCCCGACUGCUACUCGCUGUACGCACACCCCGGCUCCCGCCUCCACUCCCGAUUCCCCAGCUUCAACUCCAGCUCCGUCACAUCUGGUUCCUGUUCCAGCACCUCCGACUCCAUCGCAGCGACCUGGACCACAGUGAGAGACCCCGAGCAUCCCGCACCCUGGGGGGAGUCUUCUCCUGAUGACUAUCGCUAUGGCAACCAGAGCUACACGGACCCCCGGGAGCGAGAGCGGGAGCUGCACGACAUGAACAAGAGGCUUCUGGACCCGGCCAACACGCUGCAGUUCGACGACUUCAAGAAGAGCUACGGUGAAAUCCUGUACCGCUGGGGUCUGGGCGACAAGCGGGCCGACGUCCUGAAGUUCACUGCCGGCCCGCCAGAACCGCACAAAGGCAUCGAGUUCGGGCUGUACUGCUGCCACUGCCGCAGCCAGGCGCGCGGGACGCAGUGCGCCGUGUGCAAGCGGCUGACCUUCCAGUGCGCCGUGUGCCACGUCGCCGUGCGCGGCUCCUCCAACUUCUGCCUGAGCUGCGGCCACGGCGGCCAUACUGGACACAUGAUGGACUGGUUCCGGCGCCAGGACGAGUGUCCGGCUGGCUGCGGCUGCUGCUGCCUGCUACAAAGCACCUUCUGACGCCGCCGCAGCUCAAUAAAACCCAUGAAUGUCUCA